AUGUUCUUGGAAUGUAGAAUGAAAGUGUCCAUACUGCUUAUACACAUCUGCUGCAGUCUAAGUCAGGACUGUUCCGCAGUUCUGUAUGAAAACUACACAAUUGUCACGAGUUGCCUACUUGGGAAUUUUGGACGUUCCGAAUUUCUGCGAUUAGGUGUUAUUGCCAGUUUGUGUCCGAACGCAUCGACGUGCGUGAACGAAACAGAGUUACGGACAGUCUUCCUGAAUGAUACCAACAUAACCACGACUCUACACUGGAGAUAUAUUGACAGCCGCGAAUUGUACCAGGUAGCACAAACAGUGACAGAGUUUAAACACAUUGGGAUCAGCUCUUGUCUGAUCGCUACAGAUCUUGACUUCCAAUAUGUUCAGCCUAUAUUUAAACACGUGAACAUGACAUUUGUACAUGUUGGAGUUGUCAGUCCUUCGAUUGACAUACCCAGCCCAAAAGCCACUCUCGGAUGUAACAGUCAUCACCAGGUCGGCGAAGGCACGACACAAGGAAUGUGCCAACCUCCUUUUGGUUAUGAAGGUCGUGUGGUUCCACAGAUAGUAGGACAGAAUUCGGGCCAUGUUGCUGUUAUUGUGACGUCAUUGAUUAUCCAUCUAGAGUGGGAUGACGUGUUACUUCUGUAUGAAAGUGGCAUGGAUGUAGAAAUUGAGGAGAUACGCCAUAUACUGCUAGAAUAUAGUAUAUUAUAUAAUUCAACGAUGGUCGACAGCUUUUCCGAGAGUAACUAUCACUUAUUGAUCAACAAGGCAGCAAAUUGGGAACAGAGUCGACGAAUCCGGAUAGCCACUCUUUGCUUACAUAAAUGUGAGGCCUUCCUUAAUGCUGUUGAUUCAUACGAUCGUGUUCACCUGAGGACCAGCGCUCUGCGUCAUUUCUCUGACAUGAUGAUUAUCUCCCUUUCCGGAAAUGAGUUAUUAUUCCAGACCCAUCUCAACUCAACAAUUGAUAAUAUGAUAUUUUUAGCUUUCCCGCAGCAUCUGACUACUGUGGAAACUAGUUUCAACGAUUUUGAAAGUUUAUUGGACAAUAUUCUCCAAGAUAUUACAUACGUCGGACAAUCCGGUUCUAGUAUGAAAAAUAUGAUGACGUCACAGGUCCUCUCAAACGUUCAACAAAUACAGGGAACCCGAGCGUGUCGUUGGAUCCCCAUAUCAACCCUGAUGUGGACCAAUCCUGGCCCCAGAGGACUUAAUGUCGUCGGAUUCGUGGACGACAAUGGAAGAUUGUACGAAGUAUCGACUUUCCUUCCCAAUAGGAACUAUGGAUGGAACGGAAGAAAUUUACUUGUUGCCACAUUGCAGUGGUCACCUUUUGUCGUGAAGAACGGGAAUAACUCCUAUGAAGGACUAUGUUUCGAUAUUUUCAAUGAAAUAGCGACCAGAUUCAAUUUCACAUAUGAUGUCAUGGAGCCCCCAGAUGGUGACUGGGGACUUGAACUCGAUAAUGGGAGCUGGAGUGGCGUUGUAGGAAUGUUACAGAGAAAGGAAAUCGACCUAGUAGUUGCUUCUUUGAACGUCCACAGCCGACGUGAGGAGGUGAUAGAUUUCACCUAUCCUUAUUUCUACGAUAGUACGAUCAUCCUCAUCACAAAGGAAGAUCCGAUGAAAACAAAAUGGCGGACUCUUAUUGACCCAUUUGACGACACAGUAUUAUUACUGAUCGGCUGUGCGCUGGUGGCAAUAUCUUUCUUAUUGUGUGUGUUUGAAAGACUAAGUCCAUACUACUGUGAUGAAGUCAACUUCCUUGAGGAUAAAAGUCUUAAAAGUUUCCAGGAUUCCUUCUGGUACCUUUAUGGGGCUUUACUCACACAAGGUGGCGACCGUUUGCCACAUUCACAGACUGGUCGGACGCUCCUGAGUUGUUGGUGGCUGUUUUGUUUGGUAAUGAUGGCGUCCUACAGUGGCAAUCUCAUCGCUUAUCUGACCGUCUCUAAAGACAAACUUCCUUUUAAUACGGUCAACGAGAUGCUAAAUACAGACGAUUAUAAAUGGGGACUUAUUGGAGGAAGUUACUGGGUAACCAUAUUUAAGCACUCUGUUUUAUCAGAGUUUAAAGCAGUUUGGCAGGGUAUCGAACGUUUUAAUGAGAGUGAUCCCAGCGUUCUGAGCACGAAUCCGGACGUCCACAUACAGAAGGUUUUAAGUAGUAACUACGCCUAUCUCGGAGACAAGACCCAAAUCGAAAUCAAAAUGGCGAACGAAUGCACACUUCGAACAGGUAAAGAGGAGGUCUUACCAUUCCAGUAUGCAUUCGGUCUUCCAAAUCUCUCGCCAUUUACAGAAAUGAUAUCAAGAGAAAUCAUUGAAAUUCACGAAAGUGGACUAAUAAAUAUAUGGAAAAGUCGGCGUUGGCCACGGACUAAUAUUUGUGGCAGUGAGUCGCUCACAGCAGCCAAAGCGAUAACAUUGGUAGACGUUCAAAGUGCCUUUUAUCUAAUCGGCAUCGGACUGACUUUGGCAUCGAUGGUCAUGGGCAUAGAAAACCUCCGGGCUAUGCACAGGAAAAAAAUAUUAGCAAAAAAG